AUGAGCUCGACACAUUCAGAAGAAUGGAAAGACCCAGUUUCUGCAAAAAAGACUUUCACUGACGAUGACGUGGUGAAGAGUCAACCUGCAGUGAAGCCAGAGAUGGUGUUGAAGAACUUUGCUAGGUCAUAUGAUACGCCACCUCCAAAUUCAUAUCAGAAGUUUAUUAGCAGUUUAGGUACAACAUUUGGUAGUUGUGGUAUCUUUUGUUUCCUUUGUCUGAAUCCAUAUAAGAAAGUUGAUCAAGGUGAAGUUGGAUUGAUCCAAACAUUCGGUGCAUUAUCAAGAACAGUAGAACCUGGGUUAUCUUACGUGAAUACAUGGUCAGAGACAUUAACCAGAGUCAGCGUGAAGAUCAAUAUUAGAGAGAUCCCAGCACAAAAGUGUUUCACCAGAGAUAACGUUAGUGUAAUCAUCACUUCAGUCGUUUACUAUAAUAUUAUUGAUCCUCAGAAGGCAAUCUAUUCAAUCGAUAACAUCCACUCAGCUAUUAUGGAAAGAACACAAACCACUCUUAGAGAUGUAAUUGGCUGUCGUGUUUUGCAGGAUGUGGUCGAGAAGAGAGAAGAGAUUGCCGAAUCUAUUGAACACGUAAUUGCAAAGACGGCCUUUGACUGGGGUGUCAACAUUGAAUCUAUAUUGAUCAAGGAUUUGACAUUACCUGACAAGGUCCAGAGCUCAUUAUCCAUGGCUGCUGAGGCAAAGAGAAUCGGUGAAGGUAAGAUCAUAAAUGCUAAAGCCGAAGUUGAGAGUGCUAAAUUGAUGAGAAAAGCUGCGGAUAUCUUAGCCUCUAAACCAGCUAUGCAAAUAAGAUAUCUUGAUGCUAUCCAAAAUAUGGCUAAGUCUCCAGGAACAAGAGUUAUCUUCAUGCCGUCUGCCCAAGAAGUUGAACGUUUAGCAUCUUCAAACAUUGGAAACGAACAAACUAGGAUUCAACCUGAUACUACUGGCGAAUUACAAGAAAAUACUAACUGGGCUGGUUCCCAACCUACUUCAAAGCAUAUAGCUGAUACCGUUGCUUUGCAAGAGGCAAUGAGCUAG